AUGUGCAGGAACCGUAUGAGUAAAAAUAUCAUAUCAACUUUGAAUCCAGUAAGGACUUUUAGCAGUAACAAUAUGUUAAGGUUACCUUUUAAGAUCAAUUUAAAGCCUAUUGAGAAGUCUAGUAUAGAUAUUACUCCAAUAAAUAAUACUAUAGGUAAUGCAGAGCCAAGAAAAAAUAUCGAUAGUAAACUUACCAAAAAAUUUCAAACAGGUGCAAUUUAUGAUCCAUUCGAUUUUUCUUUAUCCAAAAUAUAUUUAGAUAAAAAAAAUAGUUCUAAAAAGAAUUCUAUUAAUGAUUAUUUUGAUGUCUAUGAUAUCAAUCCCCUCGACCUUUACACAAGUCCUGAUGUUUUAUCUAAAUUUCUAAGCUCUACUGGAAAAAUCUUACACAGGGAUGUUACUGGUUUAUCAGCCAAAAACCAACGUAGACUAAGUAAAGCAGUGAGAAGGUGCCAAGCAUUUGGUUUAAUAUCAAAAACUCAUAGAGAUAUUUCCAUGCUUCCAAGCAUAUCGUCAGGAAAGUUAUAG